AUGCGCAGGGUAAUGGGGCCGGUGGAAUGUCCUGUCACAGGUCUAUCUGUGUGCGUACAGAAGGAACAGGCCCUGCUUUGAUGUCACAUUAGCAACACUCAAAGGCUAAGUCGCUCCCACCCCUCUCAUAUAGGCCUGCUCCUAUGUUUUGUACAUUCAGAUGUCUUGUUUUUCUUUGACCCCUUUCUGAUGUCCUCUUUUGGGCUGUAACAGAACCUCUGCAUUUUGUAACCCAUUGAGCAUUUGAACCAACAGCAUUUUGUUUACUAACUAGUCCAUCUCCUUACCUACUUUGACACAGGCCUACUAGGUUUAAUUAUGUACUGUACCAUUGACCCAUUGAGUUUCUGAUCGUGUUGCUUUCCUGUCCCCCAUGCAGGUCAGGAGCGAUUUGGGAACAUGACGCGGGUAUACUACAAGGAGGCGGUGGGGGCAUUCGUGGUGUUUGACGUGACGAGGGGCUCCACGUUUGAGGCCGUGUCCAAAUGGAAACACGACUUGGACAGCAAGGUGAAACUGGCCAAUGGGAGUCCUAUCCCCUCAGUGCUGCUGGCCAAUAAGUGUGACCAGAAAAAUGAGACCUCCAACAACACUUCCCUCAUGGACAACUUCUGUAAAGAGACUGGCUUCCUGGGCUGGUUCGAGACCUCGGCCAAGGUGAGACACACACACAAAUACGCCUACACCAUAAGACUAUAACACAGUGGUGGCUGGUGGUACUUUAAAUGGGGAGGACAGGCUCAUAGUAAUGGCUGGAAUGAAAUGGUUUCAAACACAUCAAACACCUGGUUUCCAUUUGUUUGAUACCAUUACAUUCACUCCAUUCCAGACAUGAUUAUGAGCUGUCCUCCCCUCCACUAGCCUCCUCUGCUAUAACAGUGUGCUUUGUAGCUAUUAGCUCUCCCCAAAUCAUAAAGCAUUAACUACAGUAAUAGUACUACAAAUACUAUUACAGCUAGUGUGUGCAUUAGGCUUUUUUUAUCAGCUUGAACUGAAGGUAACUGUAGGUCUUUGUUUCCAAGGUUGUUUCCUAAUGUUUUACAGGUUGCUUUCCAGUAAAAACAAAAAAUGCAAAUAUGUGGAUUGUCAACGACAAACACAAGGACAAACCUUUUUCUGUAUUACUCAGAUCAGCUCAGAGUAGCAUGAAAUUGCCCAUAUUAAGGCCACAUGUUUAAGAUGGCUGACAUUCCUCAGUGUAUUAAGGAUAAACCAGUGCUUUCAUGGCUCUAGUUGCAUGGCUGAUUCACUGCAGCUUACCAUUUUAAAUCAUGCUUCACACAUGACGUUACUGUGCAUUGUUUUUAUGAUAGUUUUUUUGUGCAACAUCGAACACUGAAUAGAUGGGGAAAAAACUAAGGCAAGAAUAGCAUGAAAAGGUAAUGUAAUACAAGUGUUAAGCCACUGGUGAUUUAAGCCCUGACUGGGGGGAGUUAAAUCAAAACAUUUGGUAGCAGUACUCCUCGUGCUGCCAAAUCUAAUUAUUUGUACUGUGGGUCAUUGUGCUGUUGAAAGGAGCAGAGUUGGAAAACACAAGCAUACCCCACCGUGUCACUCUGAGCACUUUAAGUUAGGAGAGACAGAAGCAUGCUAGCCAACAGUUCCAGCCAGCGUCACAAUAACAACAAUAAUGGAAGCUGUCUUCAAUGCCAUUCCAAGAUAUGUAAAAGGCCUUCAAUUGAGUGCAUAUCCUCAUCUGACAACACUCUGCUUUGUUUGACAGCUUAAAGCUUUUUAUUGGAGGUUGUCAGGCGAGGUCUUUAGAGAGAAAUUCAAAAUUACAUUUGUAGUAUUAGGGAUCAGGGAGCAGGAUUUCGUUAAGGUGUAUGUAUAUAUGUACACUACCAGUCAAAAGUUUGGACACACCUACUCAUUCCAGGGUUUUUCUUUAUUUUUACUAUUUUCUACAUAAUAGUGAAGACAUCAAACCUAUGAAAUAACACAUAUGGAAUCAUGUAGUAACCAAAAAAGUGUUAAACAAAUCAGAAUAUAUUUUAUAUUUGAGAUUCUUCAAAUAGCCACCAUUUGCCUUGAUGACAGCUUUGCACACUCUUGGCAUUCUCUCAACCAGCUUCAUGAGGUAGUUACCUGGAAUGCAUUUAAUUUAACAGGUGUGCCUUCUUAAAAGUUAAUUUGUGGAAUUUAUUUCCUUCUUAAUGCGUUUGAGCCAAUCAGUUGUGUUGUGACAAGGUAGGUGGGGUUACAGAAGAUUUGGUAAAAGACCAAGUCCGUAUUAUGGCAAGAACAGCUUACAUAAGCAAAGAGAAACGACAUUCCAUCAUUACUUUAAGACGUGAAGGUCAGUCAAUACGGAACAUGUCAAGAACUUUGAAAGUUUCUUCAAGUGCAGUCGUAAAGACUAUCAAGCACUAUGAUGAAACUGGUUCUCAUGAGGACCGCCACAGGAAUGGAAGACCCAGAGUUACCUCUGCUGCAGAAGAUAAGUUCAUUAGAGUUACCAGCCUCAGAAAUUGCAGCCCAAAUAAAUGCUUCACAGAGUUCAAGUAACAGACACAUCUCAACAUCAACUGUUCAGAGGAGACUGUGUGAAUCAGGCCUUCAUGGUCGAAUUCCUGCAAAGAAACCACUACUAAAGGACACCAAUAAGAAGAAGAGACCUGCUUGGGCCAAGAAACACGAGCAAUGUACAUUAGACCGGUGGAAAUUUGUCCUUUGGUCUGGAGUCCAAAUUUGAGAUUUUUGGUUCAAACCGCCGUGUCCCAUCUGGUUUGGGCUUAGUGGGACUAUCAUUUGUUUUUUAACAGGACAAUGACCUAGGACCUGCCACUCAAAUGCCCCCGACCUCAACCCAAUUGAGAUGGUUUUGGGAUGUAGUGAGUACGGACGAACAAACGAAGUAAGGGAAGCAGCAACAAUAGCUCAGAUCAUUGGAAACCGCUUCAAGAUGUUGGAAAAUUAUUCCAGGUAAGUGGUUGCGAAUGCCAAGGUGUGAAAAGCAUGUUCAUCAAGGCAAACGGGUGGCUAUUGAAGAAUCUCAAAUAUAACAUAUAUUUUUUAACACUUUUUUGUUACUACAUGAUUCCAUAUGUGUUUUCUCAUAGUUUUGAUGUCUUCACUAUUAUUCUACAAUGUAGAAAAUAGUAAAAAAUAAAGAAAAACCCUUGAAUGAGUAGGUGUGUCCAAACUUUUGACUGGUACUGUAUGUAUGUAUGGUAUGUAUGUAUGUAUGUAUGGUAUGUAUGGUAUGUAUGGUAUUGUAUACAUACUGAACAAAAAUCUAAACGCAACAUGUAAAGUGUUGGUCCCAUGUUUCAUGAGCUGAAAUAAAAGAUCCCAGAAAUGUUCCAUACGCACAAAAAGCGUAUUUCUCUAAAAUGUUGUGCACAAAUAUGUUUACAUCCCUGUAAGUGAGCAUUUCUCCUUGGCAUAUCAAGAAGCUGAUUAAACAGCAUGAUCAUUACACAGGUGCACCUUGUGCUGGGGACAAUAAAAUGUGCAGUUUUGUCACACAACACAAUGCCACAGAUAUUGCAAACAUUUCUAAAAACCUGUUUUCACUUUGUCAUUAUGGGGUAUUGUAUGAAGAUUGAUGAGGGAAAAAUAUAAUUUCAUCCAUUUUAGAAUAAGGCUGUAAUGUAACAUAAUGUGUAAAAAGGGAAGGGGUCUAUCCAGGCUCUGUCGCCGCCGGCCGCGACCGGGAGACUCAUGGGCGGCGCACAAUUGGCCCAGCGUCGUCCAGGGUAGGGGAGGGAAUGGCCGGCAGGGAUGUAGCUCAGUUGAUAGUGCAUGGCGUUUGCAACGCCAGGGUUGUGGGUUCGAUUCCCACGGGGGGCCAGUAUAAAAAAAAUAUGUAUUCACUAACUGUAAGUCGCUCUGGAUAAGAGCGUCUGCUAAAUGACUAAAAUGUAAUGUAAUGUAUGUCUGAAUACUUUCUGAAUGAACUGUAUAUGUGUGUGUAAAGAAUGUGUGUAACAAUCGGCUCUCUCUGUGUGAAAAUUAGGUCAACUGGGAUCUGCCUGUCAUGAAGCAAUGGAGGGAACUCUCUCUUUUUGUGUGUGUGUGUGUGUGUGUGUGUGUGCCUCAGUUCACUGGGUCUUUAGGUUUCUGCUAGCCCCUGUUACUGCAAUUCUGAUGCCCCCACAAGCCCCUAACCCUGGGUAAACGACAGUUACCUCUCACACGUUCCCCUGCAGUGCCCCUGUUACCUACACACAGUAGCACCAUUCCAGACAGACACUGUACCAGGUCUGAGAGGGGGGUCAUACACACCAAUGAAACAAUAUGUGUUUGAGCAGGGUUUGUUUAGACAGUUGUAGCAUGCGCGCACACACACACACACCAGGUACAUCCACAUUCCCUAGCCCGGUAGUUCCCAACUUUAUUUUUUACUGUACCACCAACAGAUUUCUUUCUCUGCAUGGAGAACCCCUGAAGUAUCCCCUCAUGUGCAUUUUACCAGUAGGCUUAUGGUCUCACGAGUCUUCUCAAGUACCCCCUGUGGAUAGGCCAUGUACCCUCAGGGGUCCUAGUACUCCUGGUUGGGAACCACUGCCCUAGCCCACAGGGAGACCUUUUAGAGCCACACAAACUGUCUCUUUAUCAGCUUUGAGGAUGUGAUACCCUCGGCAUUUCCCAGCUCAAAUCCUGAGCUGUUAGACCUGUAAGAGCUUAGACAUGUCCUUUGACUGAUUAUAGCUUAAGUGUGCCACUAGAAACCAAAGCAGGCCACUGCUAUUUCAGCCCCAUCUCUGCUAUAGGAGAGAAUUCCUCCCUGAAGAAUCGGUCAAGUCCAACCUUAUACAGAUACACUCAUAAUAGGCCAUCAUGUGUUGAAUCAUGUAGCACAAUCAAUAUUCAUAUCCAAUGUAAAAUGCCCCUCAUGAAGCCACCCUGAUUAUUACUUUGAAAACUUUAUUUUCUGUAUAAUUUCUCCUAGGAUAACCUAUUAACCUUCAUUGUGAGAAAGGCUUUAUCUAUGUCUGUUCAAAGCCUUGAGAAUUGUGUGCGUGUGUGUGUUUUUUUAGCCUGUGGGAUUGUAUGCAGUGAGCACUACUGUCUAACAGUUAAACAGAAUGGCAAACAUUAGCUUUCAGGAUUUCUCAGGCUUCGUGAAAUGCAAAAUGUCCAUGCUACUGAAUUCCCUUUUCUGUCAUCACCUGCAGCUGUGCAUACGCAUGUGAGUGUGUGUGUUCAUGUGAGUGACAGAAGGUGUGCCAGUACCCAGCAUGCACCAGCACAUGUUCCUAAGAUAAAUGACUCCAUUAGGGGACAUAACUCAGAUGGUUGGCAUGGCGCUCUGGCUGUGUGUGUGCACGUAUGGAGCUCUGGCUGUGUGUGUGCACGUAUGGAGCUCUGGCUGUUUGUGUGCACGUAUGGAGCUCUGGCUGUGUGUAUGCACGUAUGGAGCUCUGGCUGUGUGUGUGCACGUAUGGAGCUCUGGCUGUGUGUGUGCACGUAUGGAGCUCUGGCUGUUUGUGUGCACGUAUGGAGCUCUGGCUGUGUGUGUGCAUGUACCACCCGUGUGUUUUUAGAGAAAUGUCUGCCCUUAUUUUGUGCUGAACCACUAUUCUAACAACCAUCUCCUUAAUUAUGAGACUCAAGGGAAAUAUCACUCUCUCUCUUUCUGCUUCUCACUGUCUUUCUCUAUUUACCUCUCUCCAUCGGUCCCCCUCCUUCUCUCCCGUUCUCCUUCCCUUCCUCGUCUGUCUGUCUGUCUCUCACUGACUCAAUCACACAUGAAAGGCUCUCUGAGGAGCUCAGCUGGAUCUGUUUUUCUCACCGGCCUCAUGUUUCUGAAUUACUGAGGAAUUAUGAAAUAACUUCUUGGCUCUAGGGAACUGACCAGCUACACAGCAGAUGUAGCAACCAGGAAAAAUAGCCCCAAAACAACAAACAAAACGCUAGUUGAACGCUAGUUACAAGACAAAGUAUACCACCCCACAUUCAUGGACACACGCAGUUUGCACAAUCAUUUGCCCUAGAUACUCACCCUUCAGUUGAUGCUCAGUAAUGCAUUGGCCACAUUAGCCAUACAGGCUUAAUCUUAUUUUAUUAAUUUUUUGUGUGUAUUUUUUGUAUUGAAUUUAAAACAUACAAUCUACCUGCAGUGAAGCUGCUCAACAAUUACGUUUAGUCAUCUAGCAGACACUCCCAUCCAGAGCGACCCACAGGAGCAACCAGGAUCAAGCGCCCCGCCCAAGGGCACAUCGACAGAUCUCCCACCAAGUCGAAUCGGGGACCCUAACCAGCGACCUCUCGGCCACUCACCCAACCUCCCAAACGCCAGGCCACCAACCAUCCAAGAUCCCCUCCCACAGUUCCCCGAGAGAUGCCCCUCAACCAUCCGAGACUCCCCCCCCCAAAAAAACCUCCCCCUCCAUUUCUGUAUGGACAUUGCUUUGUACACAUGGGCAUGCUGAAACAGGAAAGGGCCUUCCCCAAACUGUUGCCACAAAGUUGGAAGCACAGAAUCGUCUAGAAUGUAAUUGUAUGCUGUAGGAACUAAGCCCAAACCAUGAAAAACAGCCCCAGACCAUUAUUCCUCCUCCACCAAACGUUACAGUUGACACUAUGCAUAAGAGAAGAUAGUGUUCUCCUGGCAUCCGCCAAACCCAGAUUCGUCCGUCGGACUGCCAGAUGGUGAAGCGUGAUUUAUCACUCCAGAGAAAGCAUUUCCACUGCUUCAGAGUCCAAUGGCAGCAAUCUUUACACCACUCCAGCCGACGCUUGGCAUUCUGCAUGGUGAGCUUAGGCUUGUGUGCGGCUGCUUGGCCAUGGAAACCCAUUUCAUGAAGCUUCCGACUAACAGUUCUUGUGCUGAUGUUGUUUCCAGAGGCAGUUUGGAACUCGGUAGUGAGUGUUGCAACAGAGGACAGGAUUUUUAAGCGCUUCAGCACUCGGCGGUCCUGUUCUGUGAGCUUGUGUGGCCUACCACUUCGCAGCUGAGCCGUUGUUGCUCCUAGACUUUUCCACUUCACAAUAACAGCACUUACAGAUGACCAGGGCAGCUCUAGCAGGGAAGACAUUUUAUGAGCUGACUUGUUGGAAAGGUGGCAUCCUAUGACGGUGCCACGUUGAAAGUCACUGAGCUCUUCACUAAGGCCAUUCUACUGCCAAUGUUUAUCUAUGGAGAUUGCAUGGCUGUGUACUCGAUUUUAUACACCUGUCAGCAAUGGGUGUGACUGAAAUAGCAGAUUCCACUAAUUUGAAGGGGUGUCCACAUACUUUAGUAUAUAUAGUGUAUCAUUCAAAUAUGCCGUGAUGUUUAAUGGUCCUCUGUAGCUCAAUUGGUAGAGCAUGGCGCUUGUAACGCCAGGGUAGUGGGUUCGAUCCCCGGGACCACCCAUACGUAAAAAUGUAUGCACACAUGACUGUAAGUCGCUUUGGAUAAAAGCGUCUGCUAAAUGGCAUAUUAUUAUUAUUAUUAUUUAACAUACAAUUUUAAAUCUAUCUAAUCGAAUAGAAUCCACAGAUUGCGAGUUGAAGAUAAAUACUUUUACUAAGAGUAUUAGUAUAUUAGUAAUUGACUGACCAGGUCUCUCCAAAUCUCCCGACAAUGCUAUUUCUAGAGUCAGUUUUAGAUUAAUAUUAUGCUUUUCAGCCAUUCCUGAACCUGAAACCAGAAACAGGCAAACAUUUGGGCAAUACCAGAACAAAUGGUCUUGAUUCUGUAUCCUCACAACAAAAUCUGCAGAGCUGCGAUGAUUGUAUGCCCCAAAUAUUCAACAUUUUGUUUGUGGCAAGAAUUUUCUGUACAAGAAUUUUUGAUGAAAAGCUCAAAGUCUUGAAUCUUGCGUCAUUUUAUAUAUCAACUCAUACACCCUGUGCCAUGGAAUCGGUACAUAAAAAAUCUCUUCCCAGCUAUUUAGCAAUCUGUAUGGCACAGCCGUCAACAUCCUGGUCCUCAGAUGAAACCAGUAUACUUUCCUAUUUAUGCUAUUUUUGUUCCUCUGCCAGUUUUUAUAUUGGGCAGACAGACCAGUUCCCUACCUCCUCCCGCUGCCACCUGCCUCCUCCAUUUGUUGGUUGUAAUCUUGGAUUGAGCAGACCUUCCCAUACAAUUCCGAUAGCUCCAUGAAUGGCAUAACUCUACCAUUACAAUUUACAAUAUCAUUUAAAAACAAAAUACAAUUCUCAAACAUAUUUUCCAUAAAUACAGGUAUUUUAUCAACCAGCACAUUUGAGGUCAACCAUAAUAUUUGUUGUAAUAUAGUUUCUGGGGAAUGAAAUUGCUCUGCAUUGCUAGUUUGAAAAAGAGAGAUACUUUGGACUUGGGAAAGCUGAUCUGAGAUCUAUUCUAAGAACCUCCCUAAAGUCUAGAACCACAGACUCCGAUAGGACAUCCCUCAACACAAAACACUGCAGGUUCUUUUUAAAGAUCCUUACUUAUUUUUUGUAAUUUUAAAUAGAUUUCUAAGUCUUUUUGUAAAUGAUUGUAAAGCCCAAUAUAGUACUUUACAAUAAUUGUAUGGCUUUUAUCGCGAUCGACCUGUUGGCGCGCGCACUGCUUAGAGGGAACAUUGGUCACCAUGUGAAGGAUCGGCCAAGCAUUCAGAAGCAUGCCUCAGGCUACGGUCCCUAAAGGUUGGGGAAGGCACACAGGUCACAUGACUUUCUGUGACAUCUUGUGGUUGAGACAUCGACUGCUGGACAGCUCAGAGAGAGAGACCAUGCGGAAUCCAUAUGUCAAGGGUGUACUAUAUUGGGCUUUACAAUCAUUUACAAAAAUACUUAGAAAUCUAUUUAAAAUUACAAAAAAUAAGUAAGGAUCUUUAAAAAGAACCUGCAGUGUUUUGUGUUGGGGGUUGUCCUAUCUGAGUCUGUGGUUCUAGACUUUAGGGAGGUUCUUAGAAUUUAUUUCGGAUUAGCUUUCCCAAGUCCAAACCUGAACUAAAUAAUUACGAGGUUUGUUUGCCUGCUUAUUUUUAUUGGACUUCAAUUGGGUUUUGAUUUCCUUAUUUAUUGACACACCAGAUUCGUCCUGUGUUCAUGACCUCACCAGCAUAAUACAUCCUAAUCAAAGAGCAGUUUAUUCUCAAAUAGUCAAACUCAAAAAACUUGAAGAAUUUUAGUUGAAAUCCCAUCUGCAUUCAUAAUUAGAUGAACUUUGAUGUGUUUGAUGCCAUGCUCCAUCGACUUAGGCCUCUCAAUUCUGUUUGAUGCGGUGUUGACACACUUGUGUGGUCCAGUCAUACACUAACCCUGAGUUUCGCUACUCCCAAGGUGCCCUGGCUGUAUCUCUGAAGUGUCCCUUUGUACAUGCCUUAGCUACAGUCGAGGCCUGGAGAAGACCCAUCAAUAUUCAUAACCUUUCCAAAGCGAGGGAUGACAGCUUUGUGCUGUGCUGCGCUCGUCUGCCGAGGAGCAAAAAAAGACAAAAGGAGGAUGGCUUUGGUUUAACCCUGCUGUUUUCAAGGCCCACUCUCUGACACCUCUCAGAUGCCUGCUGGGGUAUAUGAAGUAAUCUAAAGAACUUUAGCGGAGUUAUCAAAGAAUUAUGGUCAGAUUGCUAAUGUUGGAAGCCUAGUCACAGCCAUUAUCAUUGGGAAGGUGGUCGUCUGGAGUUGACAGCUGAAAACAUAACCUAUUUUGCUUGAGUAGAGGAGAAAGGACCAAUGGUUUAUAUCUUUUUAUAGGCUAAUGUUCUGUGUAACAAAUGGAUGUGGCCAAACCGGUUUCACCAAUGUUGCAUCUCAUUAGGUAACUGCCUAAACCAAUAUCCCCCAGCAAUUGUAUUUGUGUUUUAAUGUGAAUUGAGAUGAUCUUUAACCUUAAGCCUGUUAUUUUUUUUACCUUUCCCAGGACAACAUCAACGUGGAUGAGGCAGCUCGGUUCCUGGUGGAGAACAUCCUGCUGAAUGACAAGGGCCUGCCGUACGAGGAGAGCAACGGAGACCGCAUCAAACUGGACCAGGAGACGAUGGCUGCCGAGAGUAAAUCAGGCUGCUGCUAG